AUGUUUGGGGUCCAGGGAUGGGCGUGGUCAAGCACGGAGAGGCAGAGGGCCAGCGGACACAUGUGCACCUCCUGCGGGCGCUCGUACAAGAGGAAGUCUGCGCUCACCUCGCACCAGAACCACGAGUGCGGCAAGCAGCCCCAGCUCCCGUGCCCCUUCUGCCAGUACAGGUUCAAGACACGCUCAAACCUCAACCGACACCUGCGGAUGAUGCACCUUGCCGAGCUGGAGGGUGGCGUGCUGUGCUGCCGGCAGUGCGGGCGCCAGUACAAGUGGCGCAGCUCGCUGCUGAGCCACCAGCGCCACGAGUGCGGCCGGCGCCCGCGGUUUUGCUGCCCGCGCUGCCACUACCAGAGCAAGGUCAAGUCCAACAUGGUGCGGCACUGCCGCCUGCACCACGGGGCUGCCUUCUGA